CUCCUUAUAAGUUGGUUUUACUAAAAUCAAUUUCAAUUUGAGAUUAAUCGAAAAUCCAACUAGAGUGACUGCGGGAAUUUGUCGGAGACGAAAAAAUUACCGCCGGAUAGAGACUCUCGACGGGCUGGAAGGCUCUCCCAUCGGAAAAAUCAUUCUCUGAAGGGCGGCGGUUUCAUCGAAGGCACAGAUUGCGCCGUCCUCUCAUUUGUCCAUCUUUUUUUUCACGCUUUAUUGUCAAGCUCUUCUAACGUGUUGAAUCAAAAGGUUUUGGAAACACAUGAAGUUUCACUUGUGAGGUUAAUUUAUUCUUGCUGGCUUACUGAAAGUACAGAAAUUGGCAAGCCGUAUUAUGAGCCAUGUGCUCUAAAGAGAUGGUCACUUGUAGGUAACAGCAUGUCGAGCGAGUCGCAUGAGGGAUACAGGAAGCUCGUAAAUGAGGUCGUGAAAGGACGAGACCAAGUGCAGCAUCUCAGAGAUGCUGCUUUUGUUACUUUUUCUGAUGGAAAACAAGGGAAAGCUCUGGAUAAAAUGCUGACUUCUUAUGACGAAGCUCUGUCGAUUCUUGAUGAAUUAAUGUCCAUGCCCGAGAACAUAGAAGAUUCCCUCGACCAUGUUUUCACCCAUGAAAUCCCGUCAGAUGGUAGUUCAAAGAGAAGGCGUACAAACGUAGAUACACGGGUAGUAUCAAUCUCUGAUUUGUCGCGUGACGAUGGAUACACUUGGUGCAAGUACGGCCAGAAAUUGAUUUUGAAUAGCGAAUAUCCAAGAUCAUAUUUCAGAUGUGGGCGUAAGUACAGUCAACGCUGUCGGGCUGUAAAAACUGUUCAGAGGAUUCGCACUGAACCAUGUGAAUUCAGGGUAGAAUACAUACAUUCUCAUACCUGCACGAGGCAAAACAUGGAUAACAUGGAGGAACAAGUUUGAUGUAAUUGCCUCUUUAAAUUUGUAUAAUAUCGUGUUUGGUACGGUAAGAAUUAUAUGUGCAUGUAAUCGGUGUUCACUUAUCACCAUGUUUUAUGGCAUUUAUAUCGAUGCUUGUGUGUGUGUGUGUGUGUCUGCAAAGCCUCAGGUUUUAGUCUUUCUAAUUCCAGUUUGCAUUAUGAUUGUCUGUGAGUCUGUGAGUUUGCAGGCCCUGGCCACAAUUGUUUACCUUAGAAAUUGUUAUUAAUGACAACUAAAUAUGUAAAGGUGAUUGCAAAUUUUCAUGAUAUCUUGC